AUGGUGCGUUAUUAUGCAUUACAAACACCAGAAACACUGGAUGUAGACAAGAAAUAUAAAGACGAAGUUUCUACACUUUUUCAUUGGAUGGAUGGUUAUGCUUUGAGACUCCGAUUGUUUGAGGAAGGAGAAACUGCAGGCAUUAAAUUGCUUAUUGUUGACCUUUCCGUUUCAGAUAAGAUCGCGUUCACAUGUGAGAAUUUUCUUGAGCUGCAUCGAGGAAAUGACGUGAAUUCCAUAUUCAACCUUGGAACGAGAAUUAUUGGUGCGUUAUUUGAGCUGGCGCAUGAGAGGUUAGUUCUCAUGGGAAUCGAUCCUCGCAUUCUUUUGUUUGCAAUGUCAAAUUAUUCGUGA